AAGAUACAAAAAAUACACUUUCGACACUUUCUGUUGAACAAACUACUUAUGAUAAUAAAGAUCUCGUUAAAUCUCCACAAGAAAUGGAUUUUUCUUCUCCAAAAGAGGAUGAAAAUGCAAAGGAUGAAAAACAACAAUCAAAACUUGAUCGAAAAAUAACAAUUGAAAAGAAACUUUCUGCCGCGGUUACUGAGGUGAUGAACUCUGAUGAUGCUAAAGUGGCUACUAAAAUUGAAAAUGAUGGAGAAUUAAUUGUUAAAAAUGAUUCGAAUAUGAGUGAUAUUACAAAAUAUCAGAUAGUUAAUGCCAUGGAAUCUUUGGUGACUGUGCCUGAAGAAGAAAUUACUAAUACUGUUGUUCAAACCUUUGUUACGAAAUCGGCUGUAUAUCUUGGUGAUUAUAAAAUUCUCAAAUAUGGUGAAACUACUGCUGAACUGGAACUUCAUUUACAAGCAAUGUCAUCAGUAGUCUACAUAGCUUCAAGAUCAGUUUCAAUGUUAGAACAAGAAACACGUGAACGUCUUUAUAAAAGUAUAGCACGAUUUUGGGAUGCAUCACAACGCACAACAGCUAAACUAAAUCCAAAUAUAACUUUUUAUCUUCGUGAGAUUAGAUGUUGUUUAAAAAAAAUUAAAGAUGAUCAGACGAAAUUAGAAUAUGGUCUUAUAUUCGUAAGAAAUAUCGCUGAUGCCGCUGCUCAUGUUGCAAUCAAGAAUUAUUUUGCCGCUGUUGCAUGUGCCGUUAAAUCUUUUUCGUUUGAAUAUCCUGCAGGAGAAUGGUACGACAAAUGGAGAGUAAUUUUCGAAGA